AUGUCUGAAAGAGAGAGGAAAAAGCUUCUGACAAAGCUCAACACGUUGUUUGCCGAGAUUUACAAUCUCAAAGAUAAUGGCGAAUUUGUUUACAAGUAUUUCCAAACUUUGCCAUCAAGAACGGGUACCGACUAUUACAAGGUGAUCAAGAAUCCGCUCUCGCUUCAUGCUAUUGGUAGAAAAUUGAAGCAACUCAAGUAUAUGGAUGCUCAAGAAUUUGUCAAUGAUUUAGCCUUAAUCACUUGGAAUGCGAGGUAUUACAAUCUACCCGGGUCAGAUGUUUACAAAGAUGCACAAGUGUUGGAUAAGUUUAUCACUGAUGUUGUAAUUCCCAAAUUGAGAACCGAUAAAGCGGUUCUAAAUGGCACAGCCUUGGUGUACCCACAUCUUGGUGAAUUACCAGACGAAAGAGAUCGGGAUGUGCCAAUAGGUACACCUAGUUACACGUUUAAUCAACCAACAGUAGAUUUAACUCAACAAUCAUUUGUUCAGGAGAAUUCUCCAAUUACAAAAACCGAGGAGUUUGAAAUGAGCGUCACUCCACAAGCUGAACCAGCAUCAAUAUCAAGACCUUUAGUGCGCACGUCUUUCGAUAGAACACCUACACUCAAUGCCCCUGUUAGGAAUAAAUACGCCAGACAUCAUCAUAAUCAACAGCAGGCGGAGAGCGGUAUAAGAAGAGGACGCCCACCUAUUAUUGACAAACCUUUUGAAACUCGUAUCAAGUCCGUAUUGAAAGGAUUCAAGAAAUUACGUGACAGUCGAGAUCGGUUGUUGAUUAAACACUUUGACAAGCUUCCUGAUAGCAAAUUGUACCCUGACUACUAUCAAGUUAUAAAGGACCCUAUAAGUUUGAAUGAAAUCAGGACCAAAGUGAGGAGUAGAAAGUACAGCAAUGUAGAUCAAUUCAUUAACGAUUUGGACUUGAUGUUUGCAAAUUUUCAGCAAUACUUUCAACGCGAUCCAUAUAGUGAAGAAUUCAUGGACUAUCAACAGUUUAAAAAGGAGGCGAAUGUGAUUGUGCAACAUGAAUUGAGCAAGAGCGAUAAAGAAGUCCUUAUGUCGACUUCAUCAGCAAGCGAUGGUGUUUUGCGUUUCCCAUUGGAAACGUUAGAAGUAGGCGGAUACUCGUACAAGAUUGGGGACUGGAUAUUGAUGAAAAAUCCAGCCGACCCGGACAGACCGAUUGUGGGACAAAUUUUCCGUCUUUGGUCAACUGAAGAUGGUAAAAGGUACUGCAACAUGUGUUGGUAUUAUCGACCUGAGCAAACUUGUCAUGGUGUUGACCGUUUGUUCUUUCAAAACGAGGUUUGCAAAACGGGUCAAUAUAGGGAUCAUUUGGUAGAUGAUAUUGUUGGCCCAUGCUAUGUCUUAUUUUUAACCAGGUAUCAAAAAGGUGAUUUGCCGGAGGGUGUUAUACCUUCUACUUCCCCAUGGUUCAUUUGCGAGUUCAGAUACAAUGAAAAUACACAUGUUUUCAAUCGAAUCAGAACCUGGAAAGCAUGUUUACCGGAUGAAGUGAGGGACGAUCCAGAACAGCCAUUGAUUCCAUUACAUGAGCCGCGUAAGUUGAUCAAGUACGAUUCUCCAAUAAAGUCUACAUUGGACCCUGGAGCAAGACUCAACGACCCAAUACCAGAUCCUGUACCCGGUACAUCGAGCUCACCACCUAUCAGAGGAUCAGUAUACAUUACAGCACCAAUUCUUAAUGACGACUUGGGUCAAUACACAACUAGUCCAAACACCGUACCAUUGCCCGAACAUGAUGAUUUGAAGUCCGGUAGAAAAGCAUAUUUGUUCACGCCAAUAUCACAAUUAAAAGGUGGUGGUGGGGCAUCAGGCGCAGUUUAUGCGACAAGUCCGGCUUUGCCACAUGGCUCUCCGAACCACGAGCCACCAAGACAAGCCAUAGGACUGAUGUCCAAUUUGCCGUUGACUAGGUCUGCUAUGAGUCCACCAUUAGGUGAUGUUACUCCUAUGGGAUCUGAAGGAUCUUCUCGUUAUCAAUUACACCAACAAGAUGACAAGCCUAUGUUACCCGCUAGCUACAAAUCUUUGCACGAUCUGUUACAAGAGAACAAGAAGUUGCAAGAGCAGCAAUUGCAUCAAUUUCAGCAACAACAAAGCCAACAGAUUUUCAAGCGCGCAUUGACUCCAACGCCAACAAGCUUUGUCCCUACUGGUACCAACUAUUAUAACAGCGUGCCAGCUUAUUCUAAUUUGUAUGCCGGUGGUAUUUUGUCCUACAGUGUGGAUGCCGAAGAACUAGGUGAUUUGAAGGAAUUGGUAAACAAACGACAAAAGAAGAAUCCUGACGGUGAUGAUGUUGAAGACGUUAUAUUUUAUCGUGCGCCUCCAGUGCAGCUUACUGGUAGCAGGAUAGUAACAAAUCUGAAUGUUGAACUUGGUCAUUCAGCCAAAUAUUUGGCAUGGAAGAUCAGAAACGAGGCUGAAAGUAAGUAA